AUGAUGUGGCAUGAAUGGUGCUUUAAUCAUGUUUAUUUUAUUCAUUCUGCGACGAAUAACCAAACAAUUAUUCUGUUCACAGCAACCAUUCCUCGUUGUGCUGGAUGCGAGAGACCGAUUUUCGAUCGAUUCAUCCUGAAAGUUCUGGACCUGACCUGGCACGCCACGUGCCUGAAAUGCGGGGAAUGUGGCUCUUCUUUGGAGGGCCGGUGCUACGCGAGAGACGGACGCGUCUAUUGCAAGGAUGAUUUCUUCAAGUGUUAUGGGACGAAAUGUAGCGGAUGUGGACAAGGGAUUCCGCCGACUCAAGUCGUGAGAAGAGCUGGAGAAGGGGUUUAUCAUCUGCACUGCUUCUCCUGCAUCCUCUGCCAAAGACAACUCAACACCGGAGAUGAGUUCUACCUAAUGGAAGACCGGAAACUCGUUUGCAAAGCCGACUACGAAUCCGCCAAAGCUCGAGAGGCCGAAGCCGCAAAUAAGAGACCUCGAACGACCAUAACUGCCAAGCAGCUGGAAACCCUCAAAAGUGCUUACAACAGAAGUCCCAAGCCUUCCAGACAUAUCAGGGAACAACUGAGUCAAGAAACGGGGCUCGACAUGCGCGUUGUCCAAGUGUGGUUUCAAAACAGGAGAGCGAAGGAGAAGCGGCUCAAGAAGGAUGCAGGUCGAAGCCGAUGGGGAGCCUAUUUCAGGGCUUUGAAAGGUGGAGGGAAUCCAGGAAGCGUUCCUUCUCCUGGAGGUGGUGCACCCGGUGGAGCACCCGGUGGUAGGCGUCUGGCAGAAAGGAAUCGUGGUCUCGAUGAUCCCAGUGGCGAAGAAGACACCGACCCCGACAACUCUUUCGAUACUGACGAGCUUUCGAGUGAACUUCCUGGGUCGGAUGGAGGCUACCCAUCGUCGACUGGAGGACUGAGCAUGGAUGAACAAGGACUAGCCGUUCCUCCUCUGGGUCCGCCGACAUUCCUCGGUGCCCCUCCUUUGGCUGGACUUUACCCAUUCUCUGAUGUCGGAAUCCCAAAUCCCAUAGGACCAGGAGGUGGAGCAGGAGGUGGCGGAGGUGUGGGUGGAGGCGGAGGGGGUGGUGGUUUGCUCCCUCGUCUCCUUCCCUACGACGCUGGUGUCAUGCCAGGAACUUAUUCGGAAUUCCCACCAAGUCCAGAGGCAUGGGCAACCCAGACUCCAUUCCUCAACUGGGCCCAACUGUAUUCAAUCCUUUUACGCUUGUUCCUGGGCUCCACCGAGGAGUUCUUCACGUAUGACUGA